AUGGCUUCUCGCCCUCGUCGCGCUGCGGCCCAGAAGGCCAACACAGCAAUCACUGACAUGGUCGACAGCGACAACCACACAAGCAGUCGAACAGGCAGGACCAUGUCAUCCAGGACUUCUCGCCGAUCUGAGGAUAAGAGUGCCGUUGCAACGGUCUCGCGCGGCCCUCCCUCGUCACCCUCAGAUUCUAACCCGCAUAUCCAUCUGACAGUCAAGCUUCCGGCAAGUAAGCUUCGCCAGGCCACAUCCAGCCGCGCCGGUCAAUCCAGUCGCCAGGUCAGCCGGGAGAACUUCGUUGGAGGUGAGAUCAUCGAGGGUAAGAGAAAUCGAUCUCAGAAGAAGAGCUAUGUGCUCGACACUAGUGAUGAUGAUGACGACGACGACCCCGCCGCACCCGACGGCGACGAGGAUGAUGACGAAGACGCCGAGGGCGAGGAUGAUGACAUGGCCGAUAUGGACGAGGACGACGCCGAGGGCGAAAUCAUUGUCGAUGACACCAUGGAUAUUGACGCUGAUGGAGAUGAGGACGACGAAGAUGCCGAAGGAGAAGACGACGACGACAUGGACCUGGAUCAGAUCCCACCGGCAGCGUCCGUCAUCAAGGUCUCCAAGGCGCCUGCUAAGAGCGGCAUCACCAGCAAAUCCAAGACAUCCAACAAGCCCCCUCCUGUAAAGCCUGUAAUUCCCCAGGCAACAGACAGUGACGACGAUGAAGAGCUGAGUGAGCUUGAAAGCGAAGCAGAUGAGAUACAGGACACGGUGAAAGUCGGAGGGGGAGACGAGGAAGAUGCCGAGGGCGAAGACGACGAGAUCGAAGAAGCCGAGCCAGCCGAAGAGGACGACGGGCUCGGUAGCGACGACGACGACAGUGACGGCGAGGCUCCUGAUCUGACCAAGAUGACAAAACGGCAGCGCGCUCGGUUCGAAGAGAACGGGGACUCGCUCAUGAAGUUGUCUGAUGGCAAGUUUAUACCACCCCACAAACACUUCACUGCCGAAGAACUGUCAAUGCGCCGCUCGGAGAUGGCCCGUCGACGACGGAAUCUCAGCGAGAAGCGAACUGAGGAGGUCAAGAUGGAAACCAUCAACAAGCUCCUCAAGAAACAAGCGCCCAAGAUCAGCCGCAAAGCCCAGUUGCUUGCAGACGCAACUCCAGAUCCCGAGUCCCAAAGAGCCAACCCCAUCUUUGUGAGAUGGGUCAGCAAUAAGGAUGGCAGCCGAGUCUCUGUGCCUGAGGAGAUGCUAGCUGGUCCGGCUGGCCAGGUCUUCAUUCCCGGUGGUCUGGGGCGCGGCAAGAUGGUGGAGGAAGUUUCUUGA